UCAUGACGUGUUCGUAGCUCAUCCGGGUCAAAAGUCGUCAGCAUGGACACGGGAGAUGUGCUCGCAUCUCUGGGUGUAGAGGGAGCCACCGCGGCUGCGCAUGCGCUCUCUCUUCCAGCUGAGGCCUAUGGAAAUGAUGCCCAGUUGGAGGUAAUGUGGGCUAUGAAAGCCUACAAUCAUGCUGAAGUUUACUUCAAUCUUAUUUCAUCAGUUGAUCCUAAAUUUCUAAAACUAACUAAAUCGGACGAGGAGAUUUAUACUAAAUUUCGGGAAGCUUUUCCUGACCUCAAUAUUCAACUAUUGGACCCGGAGCUGCUGAAGUCAGCAGAGGCUAAAGAGAACUGGAGGCCCUUUUGUAACCAGUUUGAAGGUAUUGUUGAGGACUUCAACUAUGGUACACUACUACGUCUAGACUGUCAAAAGGACUACACUGAAGAGAACACAAUAUUUGCAACCAGAAUCCAGUUUUACGCCAUUGAGAUUGCCAGAAACAGAGAAGGCUACAAUGACAUUGUGCACAAAGCCAAUUCAAAAACCAAACAACUGAAAAAAGACAAGAGUUAAUCAUGACUGCAUGAUCUUUAAAGUGGCCUUCUAGGUGUUGAGGAGACUUUCAACACAUCACGUUCAACAAUGGAGGAAUACCUUUAUAAAUUCCUGAGAUGGAAAGCUUAGAUGUUUUUCUGUGUAAUUGUAUUUAAAAUGGGCUUUUCAGUUGUAUUCAAGAGUUGGAUGGUGGAUAAUUUAAGUGAAUUUUUCACUAAUGUCUGGCACCAUUUUGUUUUUGUAAUAAAUCCAGUUUUUCCCCUCUUAAAAAUGAAAUGGCUUGUUUGGUUAACUCAACAUAACUGCAUUUGCAAACAAUGUUUUUCCAACUACGACAAGAUAUCAGUGUUUCCUCUAGGGGUUUUCCAGCUGUGGCGGCAGGACUUUUUUUACGGAGAUCUUUCAAUUACCAGUGGCAUUAUUUCAAUGACAAAUGUUGUGAGCGCAGUAUUACAACUUGAGAUCAUUCUUGCAAUACGAGCUUGCGUGCUGAUUUUCUCUGUUCAUGCACAAAACUUCUUGCACGCCCUCAAAUAAAUGCUGCUUAAGCAGAUUUUCUUGUGUGCUCUCAAAUAAACCCUACUUUAGCGCAUUUGU